AGUUACUCUACAGAAAAGUACAGUUUGGAAGAAUGGCGAGUCAAAAGCUGGCGGUGCCGUGCAUAACCGUGAUCAAUGGUCCACUGAAACCUGGCAAAAGCGUGAUCAUUCGAGGAGUUGUCAACACCAACCCUUCGAGGAUUGAAAUCAACUUUCGCCACAAAAGUGGGAUCGCCUUUCACUACAAUCCUCGUUUUGAUCAAAAUAAGGUUGUGUGUAACACUUGGGAUGGGAAUUGGGGUCAAGAAGAAUAUCCUGCAGGCAUGCCAUUUAGAGCAGGUCAACCCUUUGAGGUCUACAUUUAUUGUUCUGACAGAGGCUUCAACGUGUCUGUGAAUGGUCAUCAAGUUCACUCUUACAACCAUCGCUUCAUGCAGUUGCAUGAUAUUGAUGUUCUUGAUGUUCGUGGAGAUCUGCAGGUGACUUCUGUGGAGGCUUAGCAGCGAUUUCAUCCUCCUUCAAACCAAUGAGAGCGGUCCAUUUAUUGUCUUUCCUUGGUAAUCUGAGGAUCUGAUCUGAGUUUUUAAAACCUUCCCUUAUAGUCAAUACAUUUAAUAACCAUGCUCAUCAUUUCAUUAUUUGCUUUUAUUUAUCAUUGAUUAAUCUGAAGUUAAAUGAUGUAUUGUCUUAAAGUAAUAACACCUGUUUUAGUCAGACUGACCAUUGAAGUGCAACUAUAAGCUUAUUCAAUAAACUGAGUUUAAUUCUA